AUGACGACCAUCGUCGAUAACACCACCACUGCUAGCACUGCUAGUACUGCUAAUACUAAAUUAAAUCCCAGAGCCAAAGAUUUUGUUUUUCCUUCGAUUUUACUAACCCAGUCAGCCGUGGCUCAGAGCUCGUUAAUCACAAUAUGGGUCCUGCUUGAAGGAAAAUCAAAUGCUGUGAAAUUUAUUGUUGAACCUAACGAUUUCCCAUCGCAGAGCCCAGAUUUGGACGACUUUAAACAUUUGCUGAUCAAACGGUUCAAGAUUCUUCUCCAUGUUGAGCCGGUGGAUCUUGAGUUAUACGAUUUUAAGGAUUGUUCACGAACGCUUUUGUCGGAUACUAGUCUGGCGAGGUUAAAGACUUCGGCUGAGUCACCACUUCUUGUAAGGUAUCCGUUAUCGAGUGCGAGUAUCAAUGUCACUUUCAAAUUUCUACACAACUUGGGCGAAUAUCGAAUGCCCCAUUACAGUAAUUCCUGGGCCCUAUUACGUGAAGCUGCAACAACGAAAUUCGAGCAUUUAACCACCAGUGACUUUUAUUUCGUCGUGCAAAAUGAUUCGGCGGAGGAAAUUGAAAAUGAAUUUCAAUUCAAUAAUUUAAUGUCGAGAAUUCCACGAAAUUAUUUGGAUGAAUGUAUUCUUAAUUUAAAAGUUCAAAUCAAAGGCAAGAAAACCUAUGGCGACUGGAAAAUCAAAGAGGUAUUCGAAGAUGUACUUCACCAGGACUUUAUAUCGCUCAAUACCACACCAACAUUCAACCUUGACUACCUUCCCGCACUAGACAAUCCACUCCCUCGCGAAGAACUAGAAUUCUUUGCAAAGAAACUCGAAGAGAAGCUGUACGCAUUCAAUAAAGAAAUCAAUAUUAACGAGGCAACUAUGCAUGAAUACGUGUCGAUAUUUAUGACCACCGCGGUUCGUAAUCUUCAAUUGCAUUCGUUUAAUUCAGCACGGCUGAGUGUAAAGCUUGAUCUUGAUGGAAGUCGUAGUUACGGACCGGUUGAUUAUACGGUGGAUGUUGAUGGUAGUAUGGUGUUGGUGGUUAAAACAAAGACUGAAGAUACUGAUAAGGAAGUUGCGCAGAAUAUUAUGCAAAUGCAUAUUGCUAUUGAAAAAUUGAUAAACAAACGUAAACUCACCCAAAAAGAUCCAUAUCAAUCAUCAUUGUCAAUGUUUGGCAUCGUAACAACAGGUUACUCUUGGCGAUUCAUUCGCUGGACUGGCACCUUAGAAACUCCCAAAGUACAAAUCUCGGGCGAGUAUGUUUGUGAUUUCACCGGCGAUAUGCAGAGCGCAAAAAAGAUGCUGUCGUAUAUCGUGAGAGUGCUGCAAUUGCAAGCUGGGGCAUUACGGGACGAUAAGCCGCCAGUUUAUAAAAGUAUUCUUGAUUAUGUAUAG